AUGCCUUCUACUCUCAAUUCCCAGUCCGAGACACCUAAUGUUCAGGGCAAACAAGACCAUUAUCUUGUAAGCCUGGAGCGUUAUGGCCUACAGCAACCCUCCGCACAGCAAAAGCUUACGCCUUUGGACAUGAACAUGCCAAGGCUGUAUGGUAUCCGCUUAGUUCUUUGUUUUCCAUCUAACCCUGGCAUGGAUAAGUUGCAGAUAUAUGAGAAUCUGAAGAAGGGCUUGGCUCACACUGUCACUUCCAUUCCUUGGAUAUCUGGACAUAUUGGCCCAGAAGAAGGACAGGAUCCCAAAAACCGAAAGGUCCAGAUUCUCGACUCACCAAGUGGACUCAUAUUCCCGUAUAAGGAUCUCACCGAUGCGCUGCCAUCGUAUACGGAAUUACGAGAGAGAAACUUUCCUUUAGCAGAAUUCACUACCGCUCAGAUCGGCCCCAUUGAUGUUAUGCCACAAGGGCCAUACCAGCCGGUCUUUGCAGCUCAGGCCAAUUUUGUUGAGGGCGGUCUUCUGUUAACAGUGGGAGUUCACCACUCGGCAUGUGACGCAUCGGCUUUAGACGCUAUCCUGAGCACCUGGUCACACAAUACUGCCGUAGCUAGCGGUGGUUCCGAGUCCUUUUCCACACUUGAUGGACCAUCUAACGAUCGCAGUGCCUUGAUGGAAGGAGAUCUCGGCAAGGUCGACGUAGCUGCCUUUCCUGAGUACGUCCUGAUGCCUACUCCUCACUCUACGGAAGGUGAUCCGUCAAGUAUGUCUGGGUUCCAGAUGCCUCCCCUCGCAAGUCACCUCUUUCACUUUUCACCGGAGUCUCUUACGAAGCUCAAAGCAGAGGCAGCAGCAUUCUCUUCACAUGAUGCUCUCUGCGCCUUCAUAUGGCAGCGCAUGACGUUGGCACGAAUGCAAUCUGGGGUCUUCAGCGAUCCCCCUGGAGAAGACUCAACAUCGCGCCUUUGCUUUGCAGUCAAUGUUCGCAACCGGAUGAGCCCCCCACUCCCACCUUCUUAUAUGGGUAAUGCUUCCAUGGCCUGUGUUACUGACAAGAUGAGCGUGGCUUCCAUCAUAUCGAACAAUGGAUUGAAGCAAGCUUCGGCCACGAUACGGAGGUCGUUGAAUGAUUUCAACAGUCCCAGAAGAGUCACUUCAACUAUUGGGCUAUUGAAAUCGCGACCUGACCCUACAGACUUCAAGCUGGCCUUUAAUGGUUUCCUAGGACCAGAUGUUGUCGAGUCUUCGUGGGCUGAUCUCGGCGUUUAUGAACAUAUAUGGGGCGAUGCUAUUGGCACACUGGACGCUGUUCGGAUACCAGGUGAAGGCUCAGAUGGCACUAUCAUGGUAUUGCCCAGGCUGAAGGAUGGUGGUUUGGAUGUUGUUGUUGGGUUGUCAACAGCAGCAAUGGAGAAGCUCCUCGAGGAUGAGGAGUUCGUUUCUGUUGCACACUCUUGA